AUGGUUCUUACUAAAAAUCCCAAUUAUAAUCGUGAAAUAUUGUUUCGUGAUGCAAAUAAUGAAUGGAAAAAAUAUAAAAAAGAUCCCAAUAUUCAAAGAAUAAUUAAUGAAUUUUUUAAUACAUCAGUUCCUCUGCAAGGAUUUUCUAUUCUAUACAUACAACAUUCAACACAAUCAAUUAAUAAUAAUUUGUAUGUGAAUAUAACACCCCAAGUAAUAUCUCAGGCAAUAGCCCAAUUACCGCUUCAAGAAUUAAGUGAAUCAAAUGAAUCUUCUCGUGCAAAUGCCGUUGCCCAGAAAGAAGUAAUUAAUCAAAUAAAAGAAGUUGAAAAAAAGCUAGUAGAGUUUAUUACUCUAAAUGAUACCAUCAAACAACUUAAGCGAAAUGCAGACUAUCAACAAAAAUGCAGAUUGAGAAAAAAAAAGCGAGUAAGAGAGAAAAAUGAAGUAGUCAUAUAUGAUCAUGCUGGCCACCCGUCAGUUCUUUUUGAGCACCCUGAUCUUCUUGAACACAUAUACAAUUCCAUCGAAUUCGGCACAACUGAUGCCAAAAAAAAAAAAGAAAUAAUUAAA